AUGUCGAGCUCAAGACAGUUACUCAAGAGGGUCUCGCUAGUUCCUCAACAUUUGAACCUCAGCAGUCGAUUCGCCUCUUCGGAAUCGUCCUCAUCGUUAAAUUCGAUCCGAGAGGCGAUCAAGAACGAUGGCCUGACCUUCCAGGACUUCGUGGCCGCCGGAACCCAGGACAUUACCGUCCAGUCCUCAGACCUGCUCGGCUCACUCACGCCGACUAAACGGCUUCCAAGAUUCUUGAAGACCGAUAUACCUACCUCUGCCUCGUUCAACUCUAUCAAGAAAGACCUCCGCGGACUCGGCCUGCACACCGUUUGCGAGGAGGCUCGAUGUCCGAACAUCGGCCAAUGUUGGGGUGGUGAUAAGGGAGAAGCAACGGCUACAAUCAUGCUCAUGGGCGACACCUGUACAAGAGCUUGUAGGUUCUGCGCAAUCAAAACUUCUAAUCGCCCUCCUCCACUCGAUCCCAAUGAACCCGAACGUACGGCAGAAGCCAUAAGCAAGUGGGGAGUGGGAUAUAUCGUCAUGACAAGUGUUGAUAGAGAUGAUUUGCCGGAUGGGGGUGCCUCUCACAUCGCAAAAACGAUACAGCAAGUCAAGGCGAAAGCGCCUCACAUCUUACUCGAAGCAUUGACGCCCGAUUUUGCCGGGCCCAACCAACGAGCCUCGACCUCAUGCGUGGCCAACUCAGGCCUGGACGUCUUCGCUCAUAACAUGGAAACCGUUGAAAGGCUCACGCCCUCUGUCCGUGACCGGCGCGCACACUUCCACCAAUCCCUGGAUACUCUAAGAUGGGCGAAAGAGACUGGGCCGGCAGGUUUGAUCACAAAGACUAGCUUGAUGCUGGGUGUUGGGGAGGAGGAUGACGAGGUGGUCAUGACCCUCAAAGAGCUGAGGAAGAACUCGGUUGACGUGGUGACCUUUGGCCAAUACAUGCGCCCAACCAAGCGACACAUGAAGGUCGACAGCUACAUCACCCCCGCCAAGUUCGAGUACUGGAAGACGGUGGCCGAACAGAUGGGUUUCCUGUACGUCGCUAGCGGACCGCUCGUCAGGAGCAGCUUCAAAGCGAAUGAAUUGCUCAAAAGCUCGCUGGGCAAACGCCUCUUGAAGAAAGAGUAA